AUGGCGAGUAGCGACGGUGGCGUCUCAAGCGCAGAGGCCGUCACGGGUCCUAACUCUUACGUCAUCCUCGUAUUUACUUGUAUUUCCAUCUACAAUGUCAUCGAACUCACAUUCAUCAUUUGGGGCGCCUUCAAGCGCCACUCCGGGCUUUAUUUCUGGUGUUUCAUGGUCGCAACUUACGGUAUUCUUAUUUACGCCAUCGGUUUCGUGAUCAAGGCUUUCAUACCGCAGGGAACCACAUACAUAUAUUGUUCGUUCAUCGCGGUGGGGUGGGUAGCCAUGGUAUCAGGCCAGUCGCUUGUGCUGUGGUCCCGAUUGCACCUGAUUGUGCGGGACAAGUUCAGGCUGAAGGCAGUCUUGUGGAUGAUCCUUAUCAAUGCAGUCAUUUUGCAUAUUCCUACCAUCGUCAUGUUAUUCGGCGCCAACGGUUCGGAACCUGCUAAAUGGGUCAAGCCAUACGAAAUUUAUGAGAAGAUCGAAGUGACAAUCUUCUUCGUUCAAGAGAUUAUCAUCUCAUCUUUUUAUAUUGUCGAGACCCUCAGGCUCAGCAAAUUACAGGUCGUGAUGCGUAACAAGAAACGCUCCCGAAAUCUCAUGUAUCAUCUCAUCCUUGUCAACAUUCUCAUCAUUCUCCUCGACAUCACCAUCCUCGGCCUCGAGUACGGUAAUAUGUACGACAUCCAGACCGCAUACAAGGGUCUGGUAUACUCGAUAAAGCUCAAGAUGGAAUUCACUAUUCUCAACAAGCUCGUCGAGAUGACUACGGGUACAAGAGAGCCCAGCUCCAGCGACCAAGGCAAAUCGUCGACUUAUGGGCCAAAGACCGUAACUGGCCACCCCAUCGAGUUGAAGACUACGACAGCUGGGAAAGAAACCGCCGUGGGCCGCGAUCCCAAUGUUUCGUAUCAGGCAUACGCGCAGGGUGGAGACAGCGAAGAGGAUAUCACUCACUACCGUGGUACUCAUCCAUCGAGGGCGGACAACAUCUCCGGGGUUGUGAUGACAACGGAGGUCUUAGUCCAGAGGGAGGAGAGAAAGACGGAGUCAGAUAGUGAUACCAUUCAAGAGCCAAGUUCCGCGGCAAGGCCGGACCCCAAGCGGGAUAAUACGGAUAGUCUGUCUACGUCAUCUUCAGAGCUUCAUUUAGCAACGAAUCGGGGCUUCUAG